UUUGUCUACUCAGGAAAAUACAGAAGCCUGUCAACAUCGAGGGUGACUUAAAAGCCCAAGAAUACAGCCAGAGGCAGAGCAGAGAGAAGCCAAACGACCUACACAGAGAUCAGACCAGAACACACGCUAGACAUGGCCUCCGAGACCCACAUGCCAGCCCCAGUGUGCCUCAUUGAGAACGUGAAAGGGCAGCUGAAGGUGAAUCAGGAAGCUCUGAGGAUCCUGUCUGCAAUCACCCAGCCCGUCGUGGUGGUGGCUAUUGUGGGCCUCUACCGCACAGGCAAAUCCUACCUGAUGAACAAGCUGGCUGGGAAGAAAAAGGGCUUCUCACUGGGCUCCACCGUGCAAUCUCACACGAAAGGAAUCUGGAUGUGGUGUGUGCCUCAUCCCAAGGACUCGAAGCGUUCUCUAGUUCUGCUUGACACCGAGGGCCUGGGAGAUGUUGAGAAAGGUGACAAUCAGAACGACUCCUGGAUCUUCGCCCUGGCCAUACUUCUGAGCAGCACCUUUGUGUAUAACAGCAUGGGAACCAUCAACCAGCAGGCCAUGGACCAACUGCACUAUGUGACUGAACUGACAGACCGAAUCAGAGCAAAGUCCGCACCCGACACAAGUGAAGUUCAAGACUCAGCUGACUUCGUGAGCUUCUUCCCAGACUUUGUGUGGGCACUGAGAGAUUUCUCCCUACAAUUAGAAAUAGAUGGAAAUUCUGUCUGUCCAGACAGCUACCUGGAGAAUUCCCUGAAGCUACAACAAGGAACUAGUGAGAAAGUUAAAAAUUAUAAUCUCCCCCGACUCUGCAUCCGCAAGUUCUUCCCAAAGAAGAAAUGCUUUAUCUUCGAUAGACCUGCUCAGCGAAAGAAGCUGGCCCAGCUCGAGACACUGCAUGAUGAUGAGCUGGAUUCUGAAUUUGUGGGGCAAGUUGCAGAAUUCUGUUCUUACAUCUUCAGCUCUGCCAAGACUAAAACUCUUCCAGGAGGCAUCCAAGUCAAUGGGCCCCGUCUAGAGAGCCUGGUGCUUACCUACGUCAGUGCCAUUAGCAGUGGGGAUCUGCCCUGCAUGGAGAACGCAGUCCUGGCCUUGGCCCAGAUAGAGAACUCAGCUGCAGUGCAGAAGGCCUUGGCCCACUAUGACCAGCACAUGGGCCAGAAGGUACAGCUGCCCACAGACACCCUCCAGGAGCUGCUGGACCUGCACAGGGCCUGUGAGAGGGAGGCCAUCAAGAUCUUCAUCAAGCAUUCUUUCAAAGAUGUUGACCAAGUAUUUCAAAAGGAAUUGGCGGCCCAGCUAGAAAAAAAGCGAGAUCACUUUUGUGAACAGAACGUGAAAGCAUCUUCAGAUCGCUGUUCAGCAUUACUUCAGGAUAUUUUCAGUCCCCUAGAAGAAGAGGUGAAACAAGGAAUGUAUUCUAAACCAGGGGGCUACCAUCUCCUUAUUCAGAAGGUGCAAAACCUGAAGAAAAAGUACCAAGAAGAACCCAGGAAGGGGAUACAGGCUGCUGAGGUUCUGCAGAAAUACAUGCAGUCCAAGGAGGAUAUGACUAAUGCCAUUCUGCAGACAGACCAGACUCUGACAGAGAAAGAAAAGGAAAUCGAAGUGGAACGUGUGAAAGCUGAAUCUGCAGAAGAGGCUGCGAAAAGGUUGGAGGAAAUGCAGAAGAAGACUCAGGAGAUGCUGGAGCAGAAAGAGAAGAGUUAUCAAGAGCAUAUCAAACAGCUGACUGCAAAGAUGGAGGAGGAGAGGGCCCAGCUAAUAAAAGAGCAAGAGCAGACUCUAGCUCUUAAACUCCAGGAACAAGCCAAUCUACUAAGAGAAGGAUUCCAAAAUGAGAGCAGACAACUUCAGUCAGAAAUAAAGCAACUGAAGGAGAACAUGAAGAAAAAUGGUAAAUGUGUCAUUCUCUAAAGACCUAAGGAAACAGGCAUUCCUGACACCGUUAUCUGUUCAAGGCAUAGAUAAAGCAACUUUAGAUUUUGGAACAAAGGCCAUUUCAGUGAAUGCUACUUAAGUCUUAUAACCACAAAAACCUGCAAAGACAUGAAGUAAAAUACUUGAAGUCAACUUCAUCUUUCUUAAAUGAUUGUAAAUUUUGUACCAAGUAUAGAUUUUACUGCUGCACAA